CAAAAAUAAUAACAAAUAAAACUUAAAAAAAAAAAGUUGACACAGAAAGUACAGAACCUCGCUCAACUCUUUCAUCCUAAAUUUGUGAAUUUAGAUGAAAGUUUUGGCUUUUGCAAUCCGCUUCUCGUUUUUGGAUUCUUUCAAUACCUCAUCCUCUGAACCAAAUCUUUUUCUAAAUCAUUACCCCCAAAUUUUGAAAUCUCUUUUCGUUAUCCAAAAUUUUCCAUUUUUGCUAACAAUUCCCCUGGAUUUUUAUGGUAUAUUUUGAUAUUUUGAGGCUGAAGAUCCAAUGCUACUUCCAAUUUGGGUUUUGGUUAUAGACAUUGUCGAUCUCUGUGUUGAGAGUAAAGUGUAAACUCUGUUUCAAAUGGAGUACGGACGGGAAAGCGUGGUUCAGGUGAUUGGUGGUUCCGGUGGUGGUGCUGAGAAUUGGUCCGGAGACCAAGCCAUUUGGGCUACUGAAGAAGAUUACCGAGCUUGGAACAACAGUGAUACAUCUGGGGACACAUUUUCGAACUCGAAUUAUGAGCAGAGGCAAUCCCAGAGUCGGUCCGGGAGCGAACCUCCAAAUAAGAAAUCUAAGAACUCGCAAGAUGUAACUUCGUCAAAUAGGUCGAAAGCUAUAGGCAAAAUGUUCUUCAAGACCAAACUUUGCUGUAAAUUCCGAGCGGGGACGUGCCCCUACAUCUCCAACUGCAACUUUGCUCAUAGUAUUGAAGAGCUUCGAAGGCCACCUCCUAAUUGGCAAGAGAUUGUGGCAGCUCACGAGGAAGAAAAGGCGGUAUCUUCAGAACCGAGGGAAGAGUUUCAGAUUCCCUCAGUUGGGUCUUCAACAUUUGUUGUAGAGACUCCAAGGUCCUAUAAAGGAAGACAUUGUAAGAAGUUUUAUACUGAAGAGGGGUGCCCUUAUGGGGACAGUUGUACUUUUCUUCAUGAUGAGCAGUCCAAGAAUAGGGAGAGUGUGGCUAUAAGUUUGGGGCCUGGAGGGUAUGGUGGUGCGCCGAGUGGAGCAAACAACACCGCCAACAAUAACAAUAACAACAGCAGCAGUAGCAACAACAACACCACCAACAACAACAAUAACAACAACAAUAGCAACAGCAACAACAAGCCGUCUAAUUGGAAAACGAGGAUUUGCAAUAAGUGGGAGUUGACAGGUUAUUGCCCGUUUGGAAGCAAAUGUCAUUUUGCUCAUGGUUCCGCAGAGUUGCACCGUUAUGGUGGUGGUCUUGUGGAGACAGACGUGAGAGACCCUUCUUCGGUUCCAGCAGAAAAUAAACAGCAGGGUGGAGUGACUCCGAAAGCUGCAGCAGAUACUGUGGUUGCAUCAGUUCCUUCGGUUCCUCAUUCAGAUGUUUUCCACUUAGGAGUUCCAUCACAACGGUCAUCUAUAGUAAUUCAGAGGCCAGGGCAUAGAGCUCAUCAAAAGUGGAAAGGUCCUGACAAAAUUAGUAGAAUAUAUGGCGAUUGGAUUGAUGAUAUUGAAUAAAAAUUUGAAUUUGCUGACCUGCAAAUGUCGAAACAAACGAUAAUAACCCCCUGAAUUUGGCAUAAACUAAAUUACCUCUGUACGAUAUUAAUUUGAUCAUGUAACUCUGUAACUUAUGAUUUGAAGAAAGAACUUUUCAUCUUACUUCAAAUGGUUGGUUGUUCAUGUUAGAGCUCCAUAUUUAUAUGCAAAUCUUUGUUGUAUUUUAGGUUCA